AUGGCGUCAAUAUCACCGGUGACUAUGAAACCCAAGACGACUUGCACAUCUCAAGUCAAGACCACGGCACCAUACCUCUUCGUCCUUGAUCAUUUAAAACCGUCAGCCAAACUCGGUUUGAGCGUAACCACGCCAAAUCACCAACAUAUCCCAAGCACCGCCGAGGCCAUAUACACGAAAAUACCACCACCACUACCACCCCCCAAGAAACCCAAAAAACUCACCUUCGUCUGCGCAGCCAACCCAUGCCACUUAACUGCCGUGUCAAGCGUAUUGGGGAAGCAGUUCUCAAACAGCCGAAACAAGUCCGGGUCCACGACGGCCCGCCUCAUCUCGGCGAUGGUCUCCUCCACCUCGUCGACCAUGAACGUCCUACAGUCCGGGUCGGGCCGCUGCAUCGGGAGCAUGUUGCGCCCCUUGGAAAGCGGCCCGUGGUUCCGGUCGACCGCCCAGGAUGUGAAUUCGGGGCAGUCGCGCUGUAACAGCCUCGGCGGCGCCGCCGGUGCCACUUCUCCGGUCCGCAUCGGCGGCGGCCACUGCGCUCGGGAUCGCGUCGGGUUAGGCGGAGCUGCUGCCACGGGCGCCACUACCGCCGCCGCCGCCGCCGCCGCUACCACCAACAGGAACGGGACCGCGAUGCGUCUUGUCGCAAACGUAGUCGAUCUAGUGCUGUCCAUUCUUUUUGGAGGGGAUGCGUGA